CGGCUCAGUCAGUGUGCUAUACUCGGAGAAGAAAUUUCCGCUUCCUGCUUCGAUAAACAUUUCAGAUUUCAGACUAAGUUGAAAAAGGGCUUAGUUUUUCGCUUUUGCAAACAACGACGUUCAACGGUUCUGCGUGAUUGAUAGCACGGCCAGUGUAGGUAGGAAGGAAAUUAGCUACCUUGUUCCUUUUUAGCUGGAAGGACAGGAUUAGCUAGCCUGCACAAAAGCUAUUUUCGCGAUAGCUAGCUAGCUACAUCCUUUACCCGGACGGUUUGCCACCGGAGGAGUAAGAAAAGAGGGAAUAAUCGCCGCUGUUUUUAAACCCCCUUAGCUACCUCCAGUAUGUCGGAGCGUGGAGGGCUCCCGCGGACUGGAGGCGCUCCGUCUCCGCACAUGCAGCCCUCCAAACCGGUCGCGAUCACGUCGAAUCGCCCGGUGCAAAUGAACCUGUUUGCAACGUGGGAAGUGGAUCGCUCCUCUCCAAGCUGUGUGCCAAGGCUGUUUAAUCUAACCCUGAAGAAGCUGGUGAUGCUGAAGGAGCUGGACAGAGACCUGACGUCAGUGGUCAUCGCGGUCAAGCUCCAGGGUUCUAAGCGAAUCCUGCGCUCCAAUGAGAUUUUGCUGUCCUCAGCUGGACUGACGGAGACAGACUUGCAGCUCACCUUCUCCUUACAGUACCCGCACUUCCUGAAGAGAGAUGCUAAUAAGCUUCAGAUCAUGCUGCAGCGCCGCAAGCGCUACAAAAACCGCACCAUCCUGGGCUACAAGACACUGGCCCUGGGCCUGAUCAACAUGGCGGAGGUGAUGCAGCACCCCAGCGAGGGGGCGCAGGUGCUUGGGCUGCACAGCCAGGUGAAGGACACCUCCGUCCCCGUGGCAGAGAUCCGCGUCUACUCGCUGUCCAGCCAGCCUAUCGACCAUGAGGGGCCCAAGGCCAAACUGUCAGAUCGCUCACCGGACAUUGAUAAUUACUCUGAGGAGGAGGAGGAGAGCUUCUCAUCAGAGCAGGAGGGCAGUGAUGACCCCGCCCACAGCCAGUAUCUGUUUGAUGAAGAAGAUGAAGUGAGGAAGAAGAAGCCAAGGCGCAAAAUGACAUCCAACACUGCCAUCACACGAGUCAAUCAACCGAAUAUCAAGCAGAAGUUUGUGGCCUUGCUGAAGAGGUUCAAGGUUACUGAUGAGGUGGGCUUCGGGCUGGAACACGUGUCCCGGGAGCAGAUUCAGGAGGUGGAGGAGGACCUGGACGAGCUGUACGACAGCCUGGAGAUGUACAACCCCAGUGACAGUGGCCCAGAGAUGGAGGAGACCGACAGCAUCCUCAGCACCCCCAAACCCAAGCUGAGGCCUUUCUUUGAGGGUAUGUCCCAGUCCAGCUCCCAGACUGAGAUCGGCAGCCUCAACAGCAAAGGCAGUCUGGGCCGAGACACUUUCAGUCCCCAGGGAGAGCAGCCCCCGUCAGACAGGAUGAAGCCGUCCCGCAGUCGCACCCUGGAUGACGCCCUGUCUGAGACGGACACUCUGGAGCUGAAUGAGCAGGAUCUCUUUGGGGACGUUGGGCCCUGCAUCACUGUCUUGGUGCCAGAGAAGCCCAGAACCCCCUUGAAGAGCGGCAAGAGUGAGAGCCAGACACAGCCCUCACCCAGGUUGGACGGUGGCCACACCCCCAAGCAGAAGCGUGGCACACCGCUGAAGGAUCGGCAGCUCUCCAAGCCGCUGAGUGAUAGGGCCAACAGCUCUGAAGGAGAGAGAUCACCCGAGCUGGGACACUCCACACAGGCCCUGAGGAAGGCUGUCUAUGACCAGCUGAACCAGGUCCUGCUGGCUGACUCUGCUCUUCCUGAGAGCCUCAUCCUGGUCAACAGCACUGACUGGCAGGGGCAGUACGUGGCAGAGCUGCUGCAGAAGCAGAAGCAGCCGGUGGUGUGCACCUGCUCGGGGCCGGAGAUCCAGGCUGUGCUCUCCGCUGUCCUCACACGCAUCCAGAAGUUCUGUAACUGCAACUCCUCCAUGCCCAGACCGGUGAAAGUAGCAGCCGUGGGGGGGCAGAGCUACCUGGGGGCCAUCCUGCGGUUCUUCGUCACCCAGCUGGCCAACAAGACGUCCGAUUGGCUGGGCCACAUGCGGUUCUUGGUGGUGCCUUUGGGUUCACACCCCGUGGCCAAGCACCUGGGUGCCCUGGAUAACCGCUAUAGCGCGGCCUUCCUGGACAGCGCAUGGAGGGACCUGUUCAGCCGCACGGAGCCCCCCCAGACAGAAGUCCUGGAUGUAGCCGGCCGGAUCGCCCAGUACAUCAGCGGCGCCACCGUGAGCCACCAGCUGCCCAUUGCCGAGGCCAUGCUGACCUGCAAGCACCGCACGCAAGAUGAAGAUUCUUACCAGAAAUUCAUUCCUUUUAUUGGGGUGGUGAAGGUGGGAUUUAUCGAACCCGGGCCUUCGUCUGCAGGCGUUGACACGGAAGAGGGCGUGGCUGUCAAUCUGGCCGUCCCCUCCACGUCCCCGCCCUCUCACGGAUCUCCUGGGGGGCUGAUGAAGGACGUGGCUGCCACCCCCCCCUCCUCUCCCUCCAUGAGUGCCGUGCUGGCUGGGCAGGGAAGUCCUAGCAUGCCCCACGGGGCAGACACCAUCGGCCUGCAGGUGGAUUAUUGGCUGGCCUCGCUGGCGGAGAAGCGGCGGGAGGGGGAGAGGCGCGACACGGGCUGCAAGAACACCCUGAAGAGCGCCUUCCGCUCGCUGCAGGUCAGCCGGCUGCCAGGAGGGGGCGCCAGCGACCUCCAGACCCAGGUCAACACCAUGGCCAUGAUUGUGGUCACCAAGGAGAAGAACAAGAAAGUGGCCACCAUAUUCCUGGGGAAGAAGCCGAAGGAGAAGGAUGUGGACUCAAAGAGCCAGGUCAUAGAGGGCAUCAGCAGACUCAUCUGCUCUGCCAAGCAACAGCAAACCAUUCUGAAAGUAUCCAUAGACGGGGUGGAGUGGAACGACGUCAAGUUCUUCCAGCUGGCCGCUCAGUGGCCCACCCACGUCAAGUACUUCCCGGUGGGACUGUUUGGCUACAGCAAACCCCCUUCCUAGGACCCCGCCCCCUGACCCCACCUCUGCUCACAGCAGAGGCUCAGCCAUUGCACACAGCCCCCGCCUCUCAGAGCUCUGUGGAACCCCUGCCAGCCAAUCAGGACUGACCCAGGAGGCAGGCCUCUCCUCUCUCU